AUGCCUCAAGUAUCAAAAGAUAAGGACAGCUUCUCAUCUCCAACCGCAUCUUCCUCUCGCUCAAAGGGGAAGCGUAAAGCUGAACCAUCAGACAAUGAAGAACCCUCCAACAGUCAAACUAGCGAAUCUGACCAAUCCGCUGACGAAGCGCCGCCACCAACAAAGAAAGCCCGUGGACGUCCAAGAAAGGCGAUCCUCAAAGAUGCUGCACGACGCCUCAAGGACAUAUGA